UGAAUUAGUGUUUUUACUUUCAGGCGGGUGAAGCGGGCUAACAAGGAGGAGAAUAUGUGGGACUGCAGUGUAUGUACCUACAGAAACUCUCCUGAGGCCUUCAAGUGCCUCAUGUGUGAUGUCCGCAAGGGUACAUCUACCAGGAAACCUCGUUUGAAUGCUGAGUUAGUGGCAGCACAAGUAGCACAAGUUGUACCUCCUAAAGUGAAGAAAUCAGAGAGAAAGGAUCGAGAACGGAAAGGUGAAGGUCGUAACCUACAGAAAGGAAGACCAAGAUUGAAGAAUGUAGAUAGAAGCACUGCACAACAUAAUGCAGUCACAGUAAACAAUGUCACAGUCAUCAUCACAGAGUUCCAACCGAAGCAACGUAAAACAUCUUCCGGAAAUAGUUCAGCAACUACAAACGGUGAUACGUCCCAGAUCAUGUCAUCCUCGGAAGCAGGGUCCAUCUCGGAUGCUUCGACAGACACACGUAAUGGUGAUAUAACAACUGAAUCGCGAAGUUCUUAGGUCAAUAAAAUAAUAUCUCCCAAAGCCUGAAGCUUCCAGUCAUAUUGUGAUUACACACACUAUUGGGUUUUGUGAAUUCCAGCAGUGAAACAUAAAGUAUUGCAUGGAAGGUGUCAGUAAAUGUUAAUGAAUUGAGACCAUGUUAUGCCAUAGACACUUAAAUGUGCUGAGUGGAGAAAGCUAGCAGACAUUUUUGGAGGAAGAAGCUAGUGAUUUUGUAGUGAAAGAGGAGGAGAGAAAUGGGACUCUCAAUGAAUGGCCCUGGUUAUGCCAGCCAUAUCUAGUUUGUAUGUACAGUUUGGUUAACCUGAAAGGUACUAUUUAUGCUUAUGGCAUAAUGACCACUUAGGAUUUUUACAGAGUUCAUGUAAGACUGCCUUUGAUCAUUAUUGCCUUUGACUGUAAAAUUCAGUAGAAGCUGAUACCUUGUUGUCUGUAUCUGAAUAGUUGAACAAGAAAAUGAACUCUGCAAUUUGUAAACUGUAUAAAUUCUAAUAAUUUCAGGUCUUGUCUUGGUACUUGUUGGGACAGACCUCAGGUAAAGACACAGGUUUUUCGCAUAAAGCGAAUGCAGUAACUUGAUAUAACACCAACGAUAACUCUUAGUCUAAAACCUGUCGGCAUUAUAAAUUUAGUUAGAAUCAUGUUACUGUUUCAGACUGAGGCUGAGAAACCAUUGUUAUGAUAAUGUACAAAUAUAUCAUGUUGCCUUGUUAGCAUUGUCUAAAAAUUCACUGAAUUUCCAGAGGUGCCACUUACGUGUUUUGCUGAGACAGUUGUUUGGAUUAAUCUUAUAACCUCCAUAUUUUUGAUGCUUGAUGAGAGUUUUAACACCUCUGUAUUAGUUCUUGGUACAGUCAUGGUAAUGCCAAGAGACAUUUCUUUAUGGUUAGGAUUUGGGCUGUAAGUCCUAGAUGUAAAUUUGUAACAAAAAUGGUGAAGUAGUGUAAUAUAGUGUGAAUGAGUGAAUGUGUUAUGAGAAGUGAAAGGUUUGAUACAUUUUGCUAAAAAUUAUGUACAGUAGCAUUCAGUAUCACUUUUAAGAUUAGUGUAUUCAGGUGUGACAUGCUUUUUAAGUGAGUAUUGUACGUAUUCACUUUUUUAUAGAAAAAUAAAUGUUGAGAAAAAUAUUUCUUGCUUAAUUUUUAUUUUUUUUUAUUUAUUUAUUUUUUCUUAUGAGUUUUUAGAAGAAAAAAAAUCCUGAAGCCAACAUCUUUUACACUAUUUCCUACUGUUCUGGGGUGAAGUCUUAUGAGGUGAGCGGGAACAGUAUUGUGUGAGGCCUCAACAUAAGGACAACCAGUUCCAUGUUAACUGAUGCAGAAUAACUUUAGUCCAGCUUGGCCCUGGAUCAUUUGGGUUGUGAAGGUAGAGAUUACCCCCCCCCCCUUCCUCUUGUGUAUGUCUAGCAUUAUUCACCCUGGUAUACAAGAACAAUUCUUUUGGUAUACAGUUUUAUCUCAAUUAAGUAUUUUAAAUUACUUUUUCUUUAACUACUUUUUCCAGUUAAAAAAUUUACUAAUAGUGUAUGGAACUUCACAAAUUAUGUUAUCAAGAUUAUAUGCAUGACAAGCAUAUUCUGUCCAAAUUUAUGUAAUGGUAGAUGUGUUUAGACAAUGCUGGAAAUAUUUCUAAUUGAAUUCUGCCUUUUUCGGUUAUGUGAUAUUGUUCCUUAUCCAAGAACUGUUAACCAGGAUUAUGGUUAUGGAUAUUCAGUAGUAAACCCCCAAUAUAACGGAUGAAUUGGAGGGAAGGCUGGUCUGUUGUAGACGUCCGUUAUAUCGGGGAUUUACUGUAGUAACAUGAGAAAUCUGUAUUUUGUAGUUUCCUAUUGAUUCAAAUAACCCUGUGAUUGAUCAAAUUAUGCAAUUAACCAAAGCUUUCUAAAGCAAGACUCGACAUUUCAACAACUGUAGGUUUAUCCAACAGAAGAAGUGAGACUACUAUACUUGUCAGCAGAACACAUGAUAAGUCUUACACACUUUGUAAUAAUUACCUCCCACAUUAUUAACUCCUCACAGAAUUUAUUUGUUGUGUCUGAGACUAGUGUUUUCUUUUAUAUAUAUUCAUUUGUACUGUACUUUCAGAGAAUUUUUAUUGAAAUAAAAUUUUCAUUUAUUUA